UUGCGUCAUCAUCACGCGACCACCUUCAGGAGACAAGCGCUCACGGACCCAAGUUGGUCGUAAUGGCAAGUGAAGAAAUUAAUGAAGACUAUCCAGUAGAAAUUCAUGAGUAUUUAUCAACAUUUGAGAAUUCCAUUGGUGCUGUGGAUGAGAUGCUGAAGACCAUGAUGUCUGUUUCUAGAAAUGAGUUGUUGCAGAAGUUGGACCCACUUGAACAAGCAAAAGUGGACUUAGUUUCUGCAUAUACAUUAAAUUCAAUGUUUUGGGUUUAUUUGGCAACUCAAGGAGUUAAUCCUAAGGAACAUCCAGUAAAGCAGGAAUUGGAAAGAAUCAGAGUAUACAUGAACAGAGUCAAGGAGAUAACAGACAAGAAAAAGGCCGGCAAGCUGGAUAGAGGUGCAGCUUCAAGAUUUGUAAAAAAUGCCCUCUGGGAACCAAAGCCUAAAAAUGCAUCGAAAGUUGGCAGUAAAGAAAAAAGUAAAAAUUAAUGUUUUUGCUUUUGAUGUAUAAUUAUUAAAAACGUACAUCAUUUUUAUUAUUUUCACAAAAUAGAUGAUUAUGUGGCAAUGCAAAGUUUAAAUGUAUUCCUUACUGAAUUCAUAUAUAAAUUUACGGUUUAAAUUUGUAGUGGUAACUACUGCUUCCCCACAGAAAGAUUAAAUUAUCUUUAUUGAUAUCCCUGCAGAACACGAUGAGAUUUUUAACAUUGUGAUAUAUUUUACCAUCUCUUUUGACAAGACUCAUAGUUCCUUAUAUAGGUCAAUCUUGCAAAUACUAUUUGAUAAGCAGCUGUGAAAUUUAAGUUAAAUGUUCUUUGUAAACAUUUGUACUAUUUUAUGAAUGAUGACCUUAUAAAGUAUAUUAUUUGUAGGCUGAAGCUAUAAGUACAUCUGUUUUUACUAUAUUAUAUUAAGAAAGAAUGAAAUGACUUAAAUUUUUUUUGUAUAUUAAUAGUUACUUUAUCAUGUUUUCAUGAUUUUAAGAAUUUCCUUUUUGAUGUUAAAGUGUGAAAUUAAAAUUUUAAGAUUGUACUUUAAUUAUUGGCACAUGGCCUCCGUGUCUCACUUUAAAUAAAAUAUAUUUUCAUUAACUUGGGAUGGGAAUAGGUUGAAUGUUGACAGUUUAAUUUUGGUAUAAAACUGCUGUACUCUCUCAAUAAAAGUUGUAAAUACGUAGCUGA